UGUGCAAGGAUUAUCCAUAGACUUUUUAUGGUAUAAUUUUUAUGGAUUUAUGUGUUAUUCAGUGUUCAAUUUGACAUUCUUCUUUUCUGAAGAAAUUCAAAAAGAAUAUCGAGAUAAAAAUGGCAAUAAAGACAAUCUUGUUAGAGCAAAUGAUGAUUUUACUGGUGGUAUUUUAUCGAAUUUUCAAUUAAUACUUGAUGCUUAUUUAACUAAUAAUUGGUCUGGUAUAAAAGGA